AAUUAAAUUUACUGAAAAAGGUGAAAUCAUACUGAAAAUUUCAAUUCUAUCACGAAAAGCUAUUCACGAAACCAAAGCAAGUCCGACUUAUGAUCAAAAGAACACAAAAGGGAUUCUGUUAAUUGAGUUAUAUGAUACUGGCAUUGGCAUGAAUCCUGAAUAUGUACAACAUGCUUGGGAAAGCUUUUCACAAGGUGACAUGUCAAUAACCAAGAAACAAGAUGGUACAGGACUUGGUCUCUCAAUUUGUAAAAGUCUAAUAGAAAUGAAUGGAGGAGAAAUUAAAGUAGAAAGUCAGUUUGGAAAAGGAA